AUGUGUUUUAAGAUUCUUCUAUCGCAUGAUAGCUGCCUCACCCCCAACGCCCAAAGGGGUAUCUGCAUCGUGUACGUCAACUGCGACAUCAUCCUUCAGCUACUGAUCCGAAACGCUAAUCUCCACGAUCCAUCGAUCGAGACCUUUGUGGCGCAGUCUGUCUGCGGGUACUAUGAUGUGACACCAAUGGUCUGUUGUCCAACUUUACGCUUCGUUCAGGGAACAUUCAACGUCACUACUAGUGCACCGCCCGUCGCUACUACUACCACUGCUUCUAGUGGGUCAUUUUACUUUGAAAACGCUCCGGCAACUCCGGUGGGGACAAUUUCACCAUCUUUCGGAGGUACCACGAAGCUACCAACGAACGACGCUGACCGGUGUGGUAUGUCCAAUGGGACGCACACGCGGGUAGUCGGUGGCGUCGAUGCACAGUUGAAUGCGUGGCCGUGGAUGGCCGCCCUGGGUUACCGUGGGUCAUCGUUCGAGCUGAACGCGGGUCCUCGGUUCCUGUGUGGCGGAUCGCUCAUAACAACUUCCCAUGUCCUCACGGUUGCCCACUGUACCCAGAAUGGUCUAUACUUUGUGCGCCUCGGUGAACACGAUCUCUCCUCCGACCAGGAUGGGGCCAACCCGGUGGACAUCUACAUCCAACGGUGGCUCGUACACGAACGCUACGACGCGACUCUCAUCCGCAACGACAUUGCGCUCAUUUGGCUUCAGAAGAGUGUCUCCAUAACGGAUGCCGUUCGGCCGAUCUGUCUUCCGCUGGAAGCGCGGCAACGCACGAAAGAUCUAACCUACUACGCCCCGUUCAUUGCCGGCUGGGGAGCGGUUGCAUUCAACGGACCUACCGCAAGCAAGCUGCAGGAGGCUCAGGUGGUAGUACUUCCGGUCGAUCAGUGCGCCUUCAACUACAAGCUGUACUUCCCCAACCAGGUCUUCGAUGACACAGUGAUGUGUGCCGGUUUCCCCCAGGGGGGCAAAGACUCCUGCCAAGGUGACAGCGGUGGCCCGCUAAUGCUGCCGGAGCUCUCGACCAACGGUCAGUACUAUUACUACACCCUCGUCGGUCUCGUCUCGUACGGAUACGAGUGCGCUCGUGCUGGUUUUCCGGGAGUCUACGUGAAAGUCACUGCGUAUUUGCCAUGGAUCGAGACGAACCUGAACGCUUGA